AUGUUUCUCGCAAAGGCUCUUUUGGAAGGAGCUGAUCGAGGUCUAGGGGAAGCUCUUGGAGGCCUUCUUGGAGGAGGUGGUCAGAGGAGAGGAGGAGGUGGAGGGGGAAAUAUUGGAGGGAUAGUUGGAGGACUCGUGAAUCUUAUCAGCGAGGCUGCAGCAGCUCAGUAUACCCCAGAACCGCCUCCCACUCAGCAGCAUUUCACCAACGUGGAGGCCAGUGAAAGUGAGGAAGUUAGGCGUUUUCGGCAACAAUUUGCACAGCUGGCUGGACCGGACAUGGAGGUGGGUGCCACUGUGCUAAUGAACAUUCUCAACAGAGUCCUUUCUAAGCACAAGGAUCUGAAGACCGACGGCUUUAGCCUUGACACCUGCCGGAGCAUUGUCUCUGUCAUGGACAAUGACACGAAUGGGAAACUGGGCUUCGAAGAAUUUAAGUAUCUGUGGAACAACCUCAAGAAAUGGCAGUGCGUUUACAGACAAUACGACCGGGAGCGUUCCGGGUCUCUAAAAAGUUCUCAGCUGCGGGGGGCCCUGCAGACAGCAGGAUUCCAGCUCAAUGAACAGCUUCACCAAAUGAUCGUCCGCCGAUAUGCCGAUGAGGAUGGAAGUAUGGAUUUCAACAACUUCAUCAGCUGCCUGGUCCGCCUAGAUGCCAUGUUUCGUGCCUUCAAAUCUCUGGAUAGAGAUGCGGACGGCCUCAUUCAAGUGUCUAUCCAAGAGUGGCUGCAGCUGACCAUGUAUUCCUGA